AAAAUAGUUUAUUCAAUGCCAGCUGAAAUCUUGGUAGGAGUCAAAAAAUGUUUAAGUCAAUGGUGCAGACAGAUUCGUCUUCUUCCAUUAGAUUUCCCUCGUUUUCCCGUGCCGGGUUGGUUUCCGAUGAACAAAAGUACAGUGGGCAUACCGUUGGAAGUAGGAGAAGCAACUUUUUAAAAGUGUGCUCGUGGCCCUUUAGUAGACUGGAACAAGAGUCUACAAGCACAGUCAAUAAUACAGGAUAUGAUCAAUCAGAUGAAGAGGACAGGGCCGCUACCAUCACUCCGAGGAGAAAGGGUAGGUUCCAAAAUCCUUUAGUUGGCAUUAACCCUUCAGUGGAAAAUAUUAACCAGAAUAACCACUCGGAAAAAUUACUCAAAACAUUGACGAGAAAACCACAUGAGUCCUCCCAUAGGAAGCGAGUGGUUGUUUUGACCAAUGUCGAUUCGUCCAUGGGCAUUAACAGUAUUUUACAGCAAGUUUGUGGUGGUCCACUUGAAAAAGUUGUCCAGUUGAACAAUGGCCAUAUUGAAUUAUACUUUAUAUUCCCUGAACAUGCCAAGCAGUUUUACACUUACGGAAGAGCUACGGGAUUGUUAAUGGUCAAUGGUCAGAGAUUACGGGUCGAAUGGUGGAUGAAUGAAAAUGAAAACGUCAAUUACCACCCACCUAUUUCUAAACCUUUGUUGAUGGAAAUCAUCCAACAUGGAUGUAGAAGAUGCCUCAUCCUCGCCAAGGAAGUUAGAGGGAAACAGUUGCGCAGUGGAGACAAGAUGUUUUACCCAGAACCUACCAUCCAUUACUCUCAAGAUUUGAACAUUGAAGAUGUCAAAGCAGAUUUUGGCAGAUUUGGCAAGAUUUUAGAUAUUGGAUCGGUGAUUUCCAGGAAGUUGUGUUUUAGUAUCUUCUACUCUGAUGUCAGAUCAGCUAUAUUUGCCAUGAAUGAAAUUGAAACUGGUGGAUCGGAUUUAAACAAAAAAUAUAGGGAUUGGUUUAUUUGGUAUGGCAAAGAUGUUACUGAUCGUGCUUGUUUUGUAUUAUAG